CAGAUGAUUUAGAACAACGUGGCCUGAAUGUAAACACUUUGUUGUUGGCGCUCUUUCGAUUCUAAAAACCAGAUUACAGUUGGGGCAGUGGCCCGUUUUUGUAGACAAUCGAAUUGAUCACAUCUUGUCAUUUGUCCAACCAAUUUGUUGUAUUUCUUCAAAAYUUCCACUGUAUUCUUUGAUUCUGAAAGUGGCACGAUGUCUCUCACAGACAAACCUCUACCAAUGAACCAACUAUGUGUGGCGAUGGUACAGGACCUUGGUAAAGUCUACGAAAAUAACGCWGCCCAUGAGAAGAAUGACUUGAACACSGUUUGGGAGAGYAUGUACUCUAAAGGUCUWCACAGAAAGGUCAGUUCGCAGUGCUAUUUCACACCAGAGGAAAUCGAGCAGGCAAGAAAGAAAGAAGAAUUAGAAAAAAAGGAAAAGAAAGAAGAAUUGAAAGAGGAGGUGGAAGAUAASAACAAGAAGGAGGAAAGCAGCACCAAUGUGGAUGAUGACGAUGAUGAAAUCUUUGAAACAUCGAGAGAUUUUGCAAGCGUUCACCUUAGCCGAGCAAUGAAUUCAGGACGAGCGCAUUUGCACGACGAAGGAAGACGCUAUCGGAAGAGAACMUUCUCAGGAUCUARUGGUGGGGAAAAUCAUUCACACUGAACUGACUCUGUGAACGUUUAUUUAAGGUAUCGCCCCCUUGAAAUACGAUCUUCUGGCAAAGAGUUUACUUCUGAUUUGACCACGUUUUCUGGAGAAAAAACAUUCUUCAUCCAAUUAAAGCUGAAGAGCGAUAUUUUGGUAUUGUACAAUGUACGAAAUGUUAAAGUGAGCUAAUCUAGGCUUAAAAAUCGGAUGAGGAUUGAAAUGUUAAUGUAUGCCUCGUGGAUGGUCGUACCCUKAUUAAGGUGCAUGCAAUCGAUUUAUUUAUGUGUAAAUCUUUUAUACAUAGACUGACAUCGACUACGUACUUAGAUUACUUUAGAGAACGCUUCUAUAUCGAAUUUUGAUAGUUUGUUUUAAUAGAAAAGCAAGUUUAUUUCGUGAUAUUUAAUUGAUUUAGAGCAACCAAGUGCUAUUCUUUCAUCCUUCGUUCAUUGUUAUUGUUGAAUAUUUACAUUUGUAACGCGAGCCUUGAUUGGCUGAAGGGAAACRCACACUGUGUCUACGUGACUCUAGUCUUUUCAAAAUACAAACAUGAAAGCCAGACCGUACUUUGAACCGCGGUCUUAAAAAAAAACAUACAAAUUUUUUUCACUUCAAAAGGAAAUUAUUGAUAAARUAUAUCUAUCAAAUAGAAUGUAAUACUUAGAAUAAAGUAUUUUAGGAACCAA